GCUUGUCUCAGUUUACUGCUGUGUUGAAGUCUGCUCAGGACAACGUGAGAGCUAGUACCUAUUAGCUAGCUACUCAGUUGUUUUUUUAUCAGCGCCCUCUUUUUUCAGGUGGUUGUCUGUGAGGCACGUGUUGGCUGCUAGCAAGCUAUGAAGAUGAAGAAGCGACCAAACAUUCUGUUAACAGGAACCCCUGGGGUUGGAAAAACCACUUUAGGAAAGGAGCUGGCCCAGAAGACAGGGCUGACCUAUGUCAACAUAGGAGACCUGGCCAAGGAAGGAGAACUUUAUGACGGUUAUGAUGAGGAGUACCAAUGCCCAAUUUUGGAUGAGGACAGGGUCGUGGAUGAGCUGGAUGAAAGGAUGGUAGAAGGUGGUGUGAUUGUUGACUAUCAUGGCUGUGACUUGUUCCCUGAACGCUGGUUCCACAUCGUCUUUGUCCUCCGCACAGACAACAGCCAGCUGUACACACGACUAGAGAGCAGGGGUUACGCAGAGAAGAAGCUGCAGGAAAAUGUGCAGUGUGAGAUCUUCCAGACCAUCUACGAGGAGGCCAUGGAGGCCUACAGCGAGGACAUUGUUCACCAGCUGGCCAGCAACACCCCUGAGGACCUGGAGCGCAACCUGGAGCAGAUAGUUCAGUGGACAGAGCAGUGGAUGAAGGACCAUAACUAGAAGCUCCACUCGGGACUGUCAACAAAACUUAUUUGGACAAUUAAAAAUGAACUGUAGUGACUUUUCCUAUCUGCAUUCAUUUUCAUAGAUUUUGUAAUCAUGAAGAUUGGUAAUGUAUAUUCAGAGUCUCUUCACUUUGUCCAGUUGCCUAUUUCCAGAUAGAGAGGUCACUUCACCCUUUGAAACCUGGCUCAACAUCAGUUUUCUUGCACUGCUUUCAGAUGCCUUUCACAAGCUAUUUGACCUU